AUGCGGCCUUCGUCUUGCAGGAAGCUGUCAAACAACGGCAGGGAAAGUUGCGCAAACCGGGCUCCUGACCUCCGCAUUGACGCGGCUCGACCCGAGGAGGUGUUGCUGAAUUCCCAGCGCCGGAGUUCCCAGCGAUACCAACCGGAGGCGCGCCAACCCACUGAGCCCUUCGCCCCGGACGUCGACGGCCUCUUCGUGGCCGCCGGGACGCGCUCUGAGGCCCUGGCGGCGGGUGAUGCGACUCCUUCAGUUCGGGAUGCUCGACCAGUUUCAAAGACUGCGUCGACGAGUUUCCAGCGGCAGGCUCCGGGCUUGGAGGGCAAGACCUUCAAUGGCUUAGCAUCUCCGGGGAGCACUGCCCGAUCCAUGGAGCCAGAUCCCGGGAACGUGGCAGAUGUUCUGUCCGUGUCGCAGCUCAGUUCCAGCAAGUCCUUCUACAAGUCCCAGUCCCGAGAGAUCUUCCGUCCCAAUGAGCAGGACGCGCUGUCAAGGGCGCCAGAUGCAGAGGACCCUGACACGGAUCAGUUGGAGGAUUUAGAGAUGGUCCAUCGAACCUCCUCGAGGGUUCUGCCACAGUUGUCCUCCCUGGCGCCCAGUGUGGUGCCGGUUGGCCCUCGGAAGUCGGAGUGCGAGGCAGACCUGUUGGUCCAGCGCAUCUGCAGCAGCUUGGAUGGGAAAUUUGGUAGUGUGGAUGCUGCCUUCUUGAGUAUGUCGGCGAAGCUGCAGCGGGUAGAAGCGCCGACAGCAGAAGGAGCUGAAUCGACCGAAGACAAGGAAGAUAGGAAACUUGUUCAGCUGCGCAGCUGUUUGGUCGAGUCUGGUGUGGGCUUCAAAGAUGCGACGGUGUUACUUCAGGCCAUGCGUUCCGGACUUGCAGGUGCUAUGCCCACACUGCAGCAUGUGGCAAAUUCUUUGAGGCCUGGACAGCUUCCGCAAGAAGCGAUUGAACUCGCUAAGAAGAAAGGUGCCUUUUCCCUCAGUGGCAGCGACGAUCCCAAUAUCAACUUGGAGAGCAUUCGCGGCUUCUCCAACUUGGACGCAAGGAGCAUCCUCCAGCGGCCCGGCCGUGAGGGCCGUGAGGGCCUUGAGGGCCGUGAUGGCCGGGCACCACCAAGUGCGGCAGGC